AUGACAUUUGACGAUAAAAAAGGUUUACAAAUAGCUUUAGAAGAAGCAAAGAAGGGGUACGAGGAAGGUGGAAUUCCCAUUGGAGCAGCAUUAAUCUCAUCAGAUGGCACUGUCCUCGGUCGUGGACACAAUUUAAGAAUUCAAAAGGGUUCAGCUACGUUACAUGGAGAAACAUCAGCCCUUGAAAAUGCCGGAAGAUUACCUGGAAAAGUUUAUAAAGACUGUACCAUGUAUACCACAUUAUCGCCAUGCCAUAUGUGUACUGGUGCUGUAUUAUUGUACGGUAUUAAAAGAGUGGUGAUGGGUGAAAAUGCUAAUUUUGUUGGUGCUGAACAUGUAUUGAAGAGUGAAGGUGUUGAAAUUGUCAAUUUAGAUGAUGCUGAAUGUAAAGCAUUAAUGAAGAAGUUCAUUGAUGAAAGACCAGAAGAAUGGAAUGAAGAUAUUGGAGAAUAG